GCAUUCUGGGAGAUGGAGUUUGCUGUCCUACUCCACGCUCCAGCGCCGAAGUCAUCUGCACUGCAAUUCCCAGAAUGUGCGCCUCUUCUGCCAGCUGUCUAUGGGGUGGACUCUGCUCUCUCGCUUUUGAAAGAAAGAAAAAAAAUUUACUGUUCAAAAGGUAAAAAUGUGGCGAAUAACUUGAGAUAAUAAAUUAAGAUGAAAAGAAUUGCAGGAUAAUCUUGUGUCCAUAUUUUAGGACUUGCAUACUUUAAAAAACAAGCUGUCUGGGUAGGAGGAGGCCACCAUGUCCGAAAAGGCAAACAACUUCCCACCACUUCCAAAGUUCAUACCUUUGAAACCGUGCUUCUAUCAGAACUUUGAGGAGGAGAUCCCUGACCAGCACCGCACUCUUGUUAAGAAGGUGUACUACUUGUGGAACUUGUACUGCGUUACACUGUUUGUGAACCUUAUUGCCUGCUUGGCCUGGUGGAUUGCGGGUGGCAAUGGUGCCAACUUUGGACUUGCAUUUGUCUGGCUUCUACUCUUCAGUCCUUGCAGUUACAUCUGUUGGUUCCGGCCCCUGUACAAAGCCUUCAGGGCAGACAGCUCCUUUAACUUCAUGGCCUUCUUUUUCAUAUUCGGAUUCCAGUUUAUUUUAGCUGUGAUCCAGGCCAUAGGGAUUUCAGGCUGGGGGGUGAGUGGCUGGUUUGCUGCCUGUGGUUUCUUUAAAUCAAAUGUUGGUGCUGCCAUAGUGAUGUUGAUAGCUGCCAUUAUGUUUACAGUCGUUGCUGCAAUGAUGGGGCUGGCUAUCUUUCGGGUACAUCGAUUAUACCGAGGUGGAGGAGGCAGCUUUCAGAAAGCCCAGGAGGAAUGGAGUAAUGGGACCUGGAACAAUGCACAAGUCAGAGGGGGUGCCUUUCAGGCUGUCUCUGGGAGUGGAAACACACUUCCGCAGUACCCCAGUGUGCCAAACUACCCCAGUGAUAAUUGGAACUGAACUACAGUAAUGUCUGCCAAGACUCCUCCUACCUGCACUUUGAUGGAGUUGGGUCACAUUCCUGAAUUUAGAUUUUCUUUUUGUGUAAUGAAUCAGCUUGAAACAAAAGAAAAAUCCGUGCAGAAAAGUGAGUGGGUAUUUAAAUGAGUGUAUCGUACACCAGGCACGUGUCUUCAGGUAAGUGGAGACAGACUUAGCUCUGAACUUCCACAUGCGUUGUCAGUGUAAAAGACUCAUUUUGCAUUCCUCCACCUUACUUAAAAAAGCAACAGUUUCAAGCUCGUUUACAAUGGAGCCAAUGCGUGCACAAUCUCUUUUAACUUUCAGGCAUCUUUAUCGUAUCAUUCAUAUUACAUCGUGACUUUUUCACUACCCUUCCCUGUAUACAUUCCGUUAAAUGUUUUAAUGGAGGAAAGGCUGGGCUACUGCUGCCCCAAUGCCAUUAGGGGAAACUGACAUGACAUAUAUCUGAAAAAGUGACUAUGCCCAGCACUCCAUUCUUGCCCUCUUCUCCCAAGUUCAAGUUAAACCAUUGAUGAGUAAUAUAAACCACAGACAAUUGCAUUUUUGUUUCUCUAUAUUUCCUUUUUGGUCUCAACUAUUAACACUCCACUCUGUCUCUUUCAAACUUGCUGAGGACGUUGAUUCCUCCAUCAUGAUCCUUGACUCCUUCUGACAUGAAGUUAAGUUAAUCUGUUUUCCUCUCCUAUGCCUGCCCUGUUCCUUCACUGACCUGUAGCGGUGCAGCAGGUUUCUGCACUACAGAAACACAAAAGAGGACUUCAAAGAGCUACUGAGUAAAAAAAAAAAAUACUGAUGUGUGUGUGUGUGACCAAAAUGAAGAAAACUGCACAUUCCAUGUUUUUCCAUGCCUAUUUAGGUUUGUCAGGGGACCACCAUUUUUAAUGUAUUUAUGCAUGCAAAAAAUAUAAGAGAACAAGACGGGUUCCUGUCACUUGCUUUAGUCAUGGGACAUGCACUUGUUUUGCGCUGCAAUUCUUGUCUUCUAAUCCAAUCUCCACCUAUUUAUUGGUAGUGGUUUCCAGCCCCUAAUACUGUGCCUCCUGAUGGCACUUAUUGUAUUUUCCUUACUAACUGGAUCUCUAAUCAAUAAAUAUUUCAAAGCUU